UUACUUCGCCCUCCUAUUCAGGAUAAGUUGAUUUCAGCAUCAAAUGACCAGGGAUCCUGUUUUGGUCUUAAUGAAGCCACCACUGAGAAAUCUCCUCUUUUGCUUGACAAUGCAGCUACUUUAAAUUCUGUGAGUGAUUCGACUUUAGCAGAAACUUCAGUGAAUAACCCUAAUGAAAAGCCACACCUAUCAACUCAAAUAAGCGUCAGCCAGGCUGAGGUGUCCAAUGGGAUUAAUAUUCCACAACUAAAUCUUGGUGUGAAGAAGGCAUGUUUACCGCGGAAAGGCAUUCUAAAACAGCGCUCUACAUCAGAAUCCAGCACUGAUGAACCUAUCUUUAAUUGUGUAUUCUUCAACAAACUAACUCAUCCUGUUCAACCAACAAAACCCCGUCUACCUUCGCAUUUUUCAGCCAACGACUUUCCUAUUAACUCAGACAUUUCCGAUUCUGAAUCUGAGUCUACAUUUGAACUUAAUUCAAAAAAUCUGUCUUCGCGCAUGAUCGAGUCUAAAGUCAUGAACACUAAUUCCAUUAGCAUGCAUUUUACGGAGGCUGACCCUUCAGUUUCAGCUCCUGAGCUUGAGCCCCUAUCUACCUCUUCCUCAGACUCAACAAAUAAUUUUAGGCACCCGACAAUUACGGCUAUGGACGACUCUGUUUUGAGCAAGCCCCGAAUUGCUCUUGCAUCUGGAGGUCCGGGCCUAUUACCUAGACGUCGAAUCCGUUCUGUUAAUUUUAGCUCUCGCGACCAACAAGUCGCCUAUUCACCUCGAGAUACAGUAGAGUCUUGA